ACAAUGCACUGGUGAGGGGUGAAUGCCACCUGAAAUUCUUGUGAAACCGAUAUAAAAACAAGGCAUUGUGUGCUGUUCACAACACAAACAAUUGUCGGUUACACGAAACAGCUUGCGGCGGAGAAAACCAAAGCUUUCAUAUUCGGAUAAACAACAAAAAGUUUACGACAAACACUAAAAACAACCAAUUCACAAUGGAACCCAUUGAAGUCAUCUUAGAAACAACGGUCAUAACACUGGACCAGCUGAUGAACUUUACCAUUAGUCUUACGGAAGCACAUUGCCGCACACAAAUCCAACUAUCACACGAUUUCAUAACGAGGAUGCUUGAAGAGUUGAAUGCAUUGCCAGAGAAAACUGAAUAUAUUCAAGCACAAAUCGAGCGCGUCACAAAUAUUUUGAAGUCAAUUGAUAAGAGCAGUUCGAAUGAGUCGAAUAGCUGGCUAAGCGAAGAAAGACUCGCACUUUUAGAUGGAACAACACAGUUGUUUCUCGAAUUAAAUGCCAUAGCGAAGAGUGAGGAAGCCUCAAGCGAUACAGUUAUUAUAAAGAAAGUGCUGGAUAAAGCUGAUCUGCAAGUGCUAUUCAAGCAUGUGGAUGAUUUGGUAAAGACGACUGAUCGAAACUUUGGUGCCGUGUUUCAUCAGUUCUUUCGUUUUCUAGGAGAUGAAGAGCGCAAAGCUUUUCCGAAUUUGAGCCUUUUGUACGAUGAAUAUCAAACUAAUUCACUGGAAGGAAAAUUUAAAAAUAUGUUGAAAUUAUAUGAAAUGUUCAACUACUACAAGCAUAAAUAAAACACGUGUGUUAUUAAUAUAUAGGUUUAAAGUAUAAAUACUACUAUGGGCUAAAAAUA